CGCUUCCUGUAGUAGUUGGAACGGGUUGCCUGGAGACAGCGGAAAAGUUUGGGAGCAGCGAUGGAGAAGUAUGAGAAAAUCAAAGUUGUCGGAAGAGGAGCUUUUGGGUAGAUACACUCUGAGUUUGAUCGUUCACCUGUGCCGCAGGCGCGGCGACGGGGCCUUUGUCAUCCUGAAGGAGAUCCCAGUGGAGCAGAUGUCACGAGACGAACGCCUAGCGGCUCAGAACGAGUGUCAGGUCCUGAAACUGCUCAGCCAUCCAAAUAUCAUAGAGUACUAUGAGAACUUCCUGGAAGACAAGGCCCUUAUGAUAGCUAUGGAGUAUGCACCAGGUGGAACCUUGGCCGAUUACAUACAGAAGCGCUGUAACUCUCUGCUGGACGAGGACACCAUCCUUCACUUCUUUGUACAAAUCUUACUUGCCCUGUACCACGUCCACAACAAACUUAUUUUGCACAGAGACCUUAAGACGCAGAACAUUCUUCUUGAUAAGCACCAGAUGAUCGUCAAAAUUGGUGACUUUGGCAUCUCUAAAAUCCUUGUCAGCAAGAGCAAAGCUUACACGGUGGUCGGGACCCCAUGUUACAUCUCCCCAGAGCUGUGUGAGGGAAAGCCGUAUAACCAGAAGAGUGACAUCUGGGCUUUGGGCUGUGUGCUCUAUGAGCUAGCAAGCCUUAAGAGAGCCUUUGAGGCAGCUAAUCUACCUGCCCUCGUUCUGAAGAUUAUGAGCGGAACAUUUGCCCCAAUAUCAGACCGGUACAGCCCAGAACUCCGACAUCUCAUCCUCAACAUGCUCAAUCUGGAUCCAUCCAAACGGCCUCAACUCAAUGAAAUAAUGGCUCUUCCCAUAUGCAUUAGGCCCCUCCUAAAUCUCUUCACAGAUAUAGGCAAUGUCAAAAUGCGCAGGAUUGAGAAACCACUGUCUGCUGUGCAAACUGGACAUCAUGGUAGACCAGGAGGGAGAGUUCCUACCAACAGGUCCAGAGAUGGAUCAGUGGGUUUAGGAUCAGGGAAAGUGCAUUCCCUCCCGCUGUCGUCGGUGUACACUUGGGGAAGUGGAAUCUCAGCGCCUCUCCGCCUCCCGAUGCUCAACACUGAGGUGCUUCAAGUGUCUCUGGGCCGCACUCAGAAGAUGGGGGUGACCAAGUCUGGCCGUCUGAUUACAUGGGAGACUCCAUCAGUGGGGUCUGGUGAGGCCAGUCUGCCCGGUGUGGUGGAGCAGAUGCAGCCUCAGUUCAUUUCCCGUUUUCUUGAGGGUCAGUCUGGAGUCACCAUCAAGUCUGUAUCCUGCGGGGAUCUUUUUACCACCUGCAUGACAGACAGGGGCAUUAUCAUGACGUUUGGUAGUGGUAGCAACGGCUGCCUAGGACACGGUAACUUCAAUGAUGUAACACAGCCCAAGAUAGUUGAGGCACUCCUCGGCUACGAGCUGGUUCAGGUGUCAUGUGGUGCUUCCCACGUACUCGCUGUGACCAAUGAAAGAGAAGUAUUUGCCUGGGGAAGAGGAGACAAUGGUCGCCUUGGGCUUGGCACCCAAGACACCCACAACUCUCCACAGCAGGUGUGUUUACCUGUGGAAUUUGAGGCCCAAAGGGUGAUGUGUGGAGUGGACUGUUCCAUGAUUAUCAGCACCAAAUACAGCAUUGUGACAUGUGGAAGCAACAGGUUCAACAAGCUUGGGUUGGAUAAGAUAACAGCUGGAGAGGAACCAAAUCCCUCCAAUCAGGUGGAAGAAGUCCAUUCUUUCACUCCUGUCCAGUCAGCUCCACUCAACAAUGAGAAGAUUGUUCACAUUGACAUUGGUACAGCACAUUCUGUUGCUGUUACAGAAAGGGGUCAGUGUUUUACCUUUGGCAGCAACCAGCAUGGCCAGAUGGGCUGUAGCUCCCGUCGUAGCAGCCGUGUUCCCUACCCGGUGCCUGGGCUGCAGGGCAUCACCUUGGCUGCAUGUGGAGACGCUUUUACCUUAGCUAUCAGAUCUGAUGGGGAGGUGUACACCUGGGGAAAGGGGGCCCGUGGCCGCCUUGGAAGAAAAGAGGAGGAUUCUGGGAUACCAAAGGCGGUGCAGCUUGACGAGAGUCACCCAUUCACGGUGACAUCGGUGGCUUGUUGUCAUGGCAACACUCUGCUGGCAGUGAAACCUUUGCUUGAGGAACCUAUCCCAAGAUGAUUUUGUCCUAAAAACAAACCCCCACCCCCUCAGCAGUCGCCAAGAAGCCCGGCGGUGGCAUGAAGUGAAGCUUCCUCUGAAUAUAACUCCUCCCAGAGGCCCAUCUGUGCUGCAGUUGAAAGAUUCCCUUUCACACUGCAGCUGUGGCCUCAGAACUCCACUUGGUCUUCCUCUCUGUCUAGUUUUUUUUUCUCUUUCCGGAAUGAAUGUUGGUUUCAUUUGGCGGUUUGAUAUCAUAAAGCAAGGCACAGAAAAGGCAAAGUCCUGUGUGUUGCAGCAGGUGUAUCUCACAACAGGAACAGGUUAGUUAAAGGACUGUUGCAACACUUUUUCUGAAGAUGGAUUACAGGAAGUCAUUAGGCAGCUUUCAUGUGGUGAGCUAUUGUUGUCUAUCACACGUGGAGUUAGCAUGAUAAAGGCCAAUAAAAGUCUAACUGGUUUGAGCUCCCUUAAGCCUCUGGUGAAUGAGAGGACGCAGUGCGCAGAAACGACAAGAACAAAAGCCACUUGACUGUUUAGGAACUUAUCAGUCAAAUGAACCAAACACAUUAAUCUAAAUCACAUCGUCAGCGCUCACAUUGUGCUUUAUCGGAUUAGUCCUCCAAUACAUUUGUAACUCAACAGCAGAAUUCAAACCAGAUAACGAUGUGUUCAGGGUUCAACUGAUCAGCGUCUUUACAACUUAAUGACUGUGUUCCAAAUCUUGUUCACUCCUCCCUAUAUAAGAGAGACUCAAUAGUUUACUCUGCAGGGAGCUGUAAACAUGGACACCAAUUAAUCAUCCUCAUCACUGACAUCUAUCAAAUCUGAGAAAUUGCAUUUUGUGAUUGUUAGCAAAACAUUGUUGUGUUCCAUUGUAGGAAUCUUUGAGAGCACUACUUUAUGGAGGAUAGAUGUCACACUCUGACACU